AACGGGAAACAAAUGAGGUAUCGUUGGCGAUUAAAACAUCCAGUAAAGAUCGAAAACGUUUAUAAUAUAUUUUAGGAAUUGUUGCAGUGGUUCGUACUGGGUUCAACAUGACCUAAAUUAAAAAUGUAUGGCGUUGAGUGAGUUCUGCAUUUACCUGAGUAGUAGGACUGGCUCAUCGAUCUGUGAUCCACAAUCCGGAGCGGUAGGUGGCGGUGAUACGGCAAAAGAUGAAUACCCACCUCCGUGAAACUAAGAAGAAGGAGGACACUUUACCACGGCUUUUCCGCCACAAUUUAAACGGACGUCUGUCACUAGUGGUUGUCAUGGGUGUUAACCCUCAAAACGAAAGGCUUGCUUUGUUUACACGAUACGCAUAUAUGUAAACAAUUAGCAAACACGGCUCAGAUUAGAGUAAACACAGAAUUGUUCUUUCGUGGUAGCACCCUAUUGCUAAUGUCGUUAGCCAUUUAGCUUUAAAGCUAACCAGAAGCAGCUGAAAUAAUGUCUCUGCCUCCAGAGAAAGCUUCCGAGCUGAAGCAGAUCAUCAACAACCACCUUCUCAAGAUGGAUAUCCAUGGGAAGAUUCGGGAGGUGUUGGCUGAGACUCUGAAGGAUGAUAAAGGGCAAUCACAUCAAUCUCUGUCUGAGGCCAGUUUUCUCCGUGCUCUGCAGAGCAGGGGUAUCAUUGAUGAUGUAAUGAAGGACCUCCGCUUAACUCAGGACGCACCCACAGAUGCAGAAGGAGGACUUCCUCCAAAGCCUGGGGCUAACUUUGUCAACAAAGAUAUCACUGCUGAAGAGCUAAAGCUGAAGCAGCUGAAGAAAUCCAAUGUUAAUCCAUUACGGCGUUACCUGUAUCUCCAAGUACUUGGAGGGAAGGCGUUUCUGGAGCACCUCCAUGAGCCAGAGCCUUUACCAGGUCAAGUGUUCUCUACGUUCACACUCUACUUGCACUUCCGCAACCAGAGGUUUCGCUCAAAGCCAGUGCCUUGUGCCUGUGAACCCAGCCUGGAGGAGGGCUUCCUCUUAGAGAUCCACAGAGAUGGCAUAGGAGAGGGCAAUAAAAUGGCAGAUGCUACAGAGUUGCUGUCCGUAUGUGACCCGGUUCAUUUGGUGCUGAUCAAGACGAACACCUCCAGUGAGACGACACUGGUAUCAUCCUACUUCCUAGACUGGAGGACAGUCCUCAGCUCAUCCUCUGGAAAGACCUGCUUUGCUGUAGAGCUUAUGGGAGUUGGAAGUGAAUGUAAAGUCCCAGCUGGUGUUUUGACAGUCAGUCUGGAGCUCUACCCUCCUCUCACAGAGACUCUGAGCACUGACAUCAUCAGCACACAGCAAUCGCUGGAGAGGCAUAGGACGGCAGAGAAGGAGAGGCUCUUCCUGGUUUAUGCCAAACAGUGGUGGAGGGAGUUCCUGGAAAUACGACAGUCACACCAAUCCAAAAUGGUCAAGAUAUUUGCACAGGAUGAAAACGGCAUCAACAGACCAGUAUGUUCCUAUGUGCGUGUUCUGCGGGCCGGCCGGCUGCUGGAGAGUCCUAGACAGGCAGCCCGCUUCGUCAGCCUGCUGGCCCAUGAGAAAGCCCCAGUGGUGGGAGGAGGAGGAGGCAAACAGGAGCAGUGGUGCACGUUAAUGGCUUUCCUGUGCAGAGGAAAGGGGGAUUGUGAAGACCAUGCCACCCUGCUGUGCAGCCUCCUGCUGGGCUUUGGCCUCGAUGCAUAUGUGUGUGUGGGCACCAAAGCCAGGGGAGUGGCACACACUUGGGUUCUGACUCGGGGUUGUGAUGGAAGCAUUACUUUCUGGGAAAGCCUGACAGCACACAGAUACCUCCAUCGGGCCAUAGACCCAGAUGGUGCACCUUUGUCCCCCCAGCCCAAACCAUCGUCCCCCUACCGCACUGUGGGCUGUGUCUUCAACCACCAGACCUUCCUCGCCAACUGCCAGCCAUCUGAUGCAGUGGAACUCUGUGUCUUUGAGUUCCAGAAUCAAUCUCGGUGGAAGGCGAUGAGUGAAGAGGCUCUGAAGUCUGUCUGUGCCCCGGGCUCCACCACCUCUCUGCCACCUCUUCCUCCACUCUGUGCUCCAUCUCUGGAACCUGCUGCUUGCAGCAACCAGCUGGAGUUAGAAAUGCGUUACCUGAUUUCUGAGCACAGAAAGGACCUGGAGCUGGCAACAGUGUGGGACGACCACCUGUCCUACCUGCUGUCCUCCGCCUUAUCGGCCUACGAGCUGGAGCGCUGUACCGGUGUGUCCUGUGGCAACGAGGAGUUCCAGGAUGCACUGAGGAGGGCGCUGGCAGAUGGACACACUUUCAAAGGCUUCCCCAUACAUUUCUUGCACCACAACGCCCGCAGAGCGUUUGCCACCUGCCUCAGAGCCACUUCCAGUUUCUGCUCCCCUACUGGCUGAAAGGCAGCGCUUCAGGGAAGACAUUGACAAAGAGGAGGCUGCCGACCCCUGCGUGACUUUAGUCCAGCGCUGGAUUGUCUUCUAUUGUGAGCACGGAGCAGCAGGGAUGCAGGGCUGCACUGUGGGCUGCUGGCACACGCUAAAGCACUACAUGCGAUUCAAACAUAUCGACCUGCACGCCUGAAGGUGUGAGUGCAACUUAGUUUUGUUUCAGGGAAUAUCGGCUUUAACCUGGUUUCUUUUAUUGCAAAGUGACACGGUGAUGCGUUAUAUCCACUGAGGAUCAGCAUUUCUGGUCACCUCUCAGUGUCGUUUGCAGCUGUUGAUGCAAUGCAAACUCCAGAUUUAAUGUAUAAUCUAUAGCAUGAGGAACGAAAGGGCUUCCAGGGGUUAGUAUCCUGUGAACUGCCGGGGUACAUCUGGUCCCAUGGCAAACACAGAGGGAGUCCUUUGUCAGCGUCCACAAAGGCGGGGAAGGAAAGAGAGAUGAAGAGGGACUCUGCUGGCCUUCUUUCUAAACCAUUUUAAAAGACUCCCUCUCGCUUCUGGAGUCCAUUAGAAUAAGCAGAGUGUCUUCAUAAGUUGCAAAGGGGGACAAACAAACACACUCAGCGGUGGCUGCAAAAUAACCUUGGCCACAGUUAUUGAAAUUGUGGUCAAUGGAAAGAAAGCCAGAGUGGUCAGAGGGGACAGUGGGGUGCGAAGCAGCAGAAGGGAACCAACGCGUCGGAGAAAGAGGAAUAAAUGGAGCAAGGGGGGGAAGGAAAUGAAAGAGGUCAAGGAGAGAUGACAGAAUGAAAUCGAAGAUUUUAUGACAAAAGCAAGAUAGCAUUAUGAUCUGAAAUAUUUUGGCAAGACAAAGGAGGGGGAGGACAGAUCGAGAGACGCCACAAAACAGUAAAUCAAAGAGAUUCCUAAUGUCUUUUUUCAAUCAACGUUGUUGACAGGAAGCAAUUAUAUCUAGUGCAAAGUAAAAUGACACACAUUUGGCUGGACUGACAUGAGCUAUGUGAAACAGGAAAAUGUGUUUUUAUUCUGAUUUUCAAGCCUUCACAAAUUAUUACAAGAUGGUUAGGGCAAAUAUUUAGAUUUUAAUUAACAAAUGAAGGCGUUCUAAAGUAAACAGUACCUGCCAGUUUCACACACCGGGCAUCGCUGCUUGAUGUCGCCUCAUGGUGGCGCUGCUCAAAUGAAUGAGGGAAACUUGGGUGGAAGUCACCUGGCCGAAGAAGAGGGAGUUAGAGGAACAGCGGAAUAAUGGCAGAUAUACAGAUAUCAUGAUGUAUUGUCAUAUAAGAUUAACACAGAAUGGUUGUAUCGUGAUAUUAUUAGUAUCGUGGACCAUGUGUCGCGUAUCGUAUGGUGAUGUACCCUAUGAUUAAAAUGUUGAAGUAGUUCAAUUAAAAUCGUGGGGGCUGUGAAUUGGCUUCAAGCUCUUGCUAGAACACAGUGUUCUGAAAUGAGUACAAAGGGAUCUGACAUGCUCCGGGAGUCUAUCUACGUUCAUAUACUGUACCACAAAAUUCUAUAUGGACAAAAGGAGGCGGGGGGUGUAUUGUGUUGGUGUAGAAUCUCAACAAAAAGUGGUGGCACUGGACUGCUAACAGGUGCCAGAGCUUUGCCAGUCACAACUAAAGGUCAGACCAGCAGGAAUAGAAAGAAAACCCCUCUGUGACCCUGUUUACUGGGAGACACACACACACAUAGAGAGAGAGAGAGAGAAAGAGAUGGUACAGGCACAGAAGAUCAAUAGAUGCCUUAACAGAAGUUUCAAUUGGCCUUGGCAUCAGGAGAACAUCAGUGUAUCUGGACCUUUCAGUGCAGGCCCUUAAAGGAUUGGCUGUAGAAUAAAGGAACAGAUGGAGAAAGAGAGAGGUGGAAUAGAUUGAAAGAGA